GUGCAACCCGCAUCCGCAGCCCACGCACCGUUCACUCAAUGCUCAUUGAACCCCCCCCUUCUGCGAUUGCGAAUUACGAGUUCACACGCCGCUUCCUUUCUGACAUAUAGAGCCUCGUAGCCAUGUUUUCCGCCUCGAAGAAACCCUUCUCCGCCAUCUCUGUCCAUGUCGAGACCUACACCUCCGAAACAUACGAUGAAGACGAUCUUGCCGGUGUCCCUGACCUGCUCGAAGUUAUCAAGCUGCAGAAUACUGGUCCGCAGGAGGUUGCUCGGGCAUUGAGGAAGAAAUUGAAGUAUGGCAGUGUACAUCGACAGCUAAGGGCCCUCACCAUUCUCGACGGCCUUUUACAAAAUGGCGGGACAAGAGUACAAAGAGCACUACUGUCUGACGGCCCUCUGCUGGAACGACUGAGGAUUGCUGCAGCCGAUCCAACUUCAGAUCCAGAUGUUCGAACCAAGUGCAAAGAUCUCUUUGGACAGUGGGUCGCCAGCUCGAAAGACAACCCCGGACUGGAAGGAGCCAAGUCAUUGUACAACCAACUACCAAAGACACAUAAGCCGGUCCAACAAAGACGGGAGCAAAGCAAGGUGCUUCGGGAGACCGAAGAGGACGUACAACGGGAGCAGGAAGCAGAGAUGGCGCGGGACCGAUCAGACAGCAUUCCUAGAGCGGGUGAACCCUCGAGCCCCAACAUGCUACGAAAAGCGAGCUCGCCCGUCACGCUGGGACAGUCGUCACUGUUCGCUUCGAAAAAGGUCAAGAAAGACAAAAAGGGCAAAGUAAAAGCAUUCAAUCUGGAACGUGAGAAGCCAUCCAUACUACAAUCAAUCGCAGCGUCCUCGGUGGCUUCUACCGGACUAACCAAUGCCCUACGGCUGGUCAACCGAGAAAAUGAGCGCGUGUCUCACAACGCAGAAGUGAUGAAACGCUUUGAGACUUGCAAGCAGCUUCGCCGCCAGAUCCUUCGCUACAUUCAGCUAGUUGAGUCGGAAGAGUUUCUGGGAGGUCUGAUUCACGCCAAUGAGGAGUUGGUCAACGCUCUGAUGGCCUUCGAAGUCAUGGACAAGGCUGUGGACGACGAUUCGGACAGCGAGCUUGAGGAGGCACAGCACCGCAGCCGAGAAGCGGCUAGAAGCGAACAAGCUGCUGCUAGGGAGGCCGAGAAACUCGUCGCCGCGAUGAACAUAUCCAGUCCAGCGAAACCUCCGCGGCCCGCGCCAGGACAUAUCGCCAUGCCACCACCUGCGAGGGCGGCACGAUCAGCCAACACAAAUUGGAAGGCGAAGCAGAUUGAGAGUGAUAGCGAGAGUGAGACGGAUGUAGAUGACGACGAGGACAAUCCUUUCGGCGACAAGAAUGCCAUGAAGACGCCAGACCCUGAUCUGGGAAGGAGGGGAUAUACCUGGAAAGAAGUAUAGUGUUCACUCCAGGAAUGGAUGCUGGGAUGUGGCACUGGGUUUGGCGUGGGCCUGUAAGCUUGCCGCAUUGGCAAUUGCGCCUAGCGAGGACGUUGUUAUCCUUAUGAAGUUAUGAAUUUUGAUGAGUUCUGGAAUGUUGACGAACCCUACCUUUGAUCAACUGUUGUCCCGGUAAAUCCUUCUUCGUUUCAGCAAGUGCACGGCCUAUAACCCAGGUAUCUCGUGCUGAAAUACCCUAUCGUCUGAGAGAAGAAGCGCU